AUGUUGCGCUUCAAUCAGUCUGAGAAUGUCCACAUCACUGCUGAACAGUCGUAUCAGGGAUUGGUAGAAAGAGUGUUGUUAUCCACACUGAUAGGAAUGCCAUGCUGCCUAUUCCUCUUUAUUAAUGGCACCAUGCUGUUCACCUUGAGGAGUAAAUCUGUGUUUUGUGAGACCUCUCGUUACGUUCUUCUGUAUAAUCUACUAUUUGCAGACACUGUACUGCUGGCACUGAGCCAGUUAAUGUACAUACUGGCUGUUUGUAGAAUAAGACUGACAUAUCCUGUCUGUGGUGUCUUUGCCAUGCUCACCAAUUUCACAAAUGUAAUCUCACCACUCACACUGGUGGUAAUGUCUCUGGAGAGAUAUGUAUCUGUGUGUUACCCACUGAGGCAUGCUACCAUCAUCACCAUCAGAAACACAGGGGUGGCUAUUUGUGUUGUUUGGAUCUUCAGUUUACUUAAUGUUCUCAUACGAAUUUGUUUGCUGUUAAAUUUUAUAUUUGAAGAACUGCAGAGCCUGCAGAUGACAGAUUCAUGCUCUGACAUAGCUAUGAUUCUUGGCCCAUUGUCUGAUCUUUAUGACAGAAUCUACACUUAUUUUGUUUUCAUAUUAGCAAGUGUGGCGAUCACUUCCUCCUAUGUUGGUGUGAUGGUAGCAGCCAGGUCAGCUUCCACAGACAAAGCUUCAGCACAAAAGGCUCGAAACACACUGCUGCUGCAUCUGGUGCAGCUGGGCCUCAGUCUCUUAUCAACUAUGCAUACCUCUAUAGUUAUAUCACUCUCAACAAUCCUGCAACGAUUAGUUAUUGUACGCAUCAAGAAUGUUUUUUAUGUGUUUAUUUUCAUCCUCCCCAGAUGUCUGUGUUCUCUCAUCUAUGGGCUCAGAGAUCAGACCAUCAGGCCCGCCCUCAUGUACCAUUUAUGUGGUCAACUGAAACUCAGUUGUCCCAGUAAAGGCUGUGAUCCCUCUAAUAAUAGUGAAUGAUUCAAGGAUUAUUUUGAGAGGAAAAUAUUCGAAUAGAACAAUACUCAAUCUUUGUGUUUGAAAAUGUGGUCAAAUGCGAGAAUUGUUAAUAACAACCCAAAGUAGAACUGCUGCCACUGUAUUCAUAGCCCACUGUAGAGUAUGUAGUAUGUAAAGUAUUCAGCAAUACAUUU